AUGUCGUCAAAUUUUUAAUCUAUACAAUUUAGUGAUUCAGAUUAAGAUUAUUAGAAUUAUGAGAGAUCUCCUAUAAAAAAGGUGAAUAGUGGAAAAGAAAAAGAGUCUGGGCAAAUAAAUAUGUAAUUUAAAUAAGAUAAUAAAAUAGUGUUUCACCUAAAGUACAGGAGGCAAAUCCAAAAGUACAGGAAGCAAAUCCUAAAGUUCAAGAUACUCUUACAGCUAAACAAUAUUAUAAUUUAUAACCAAAGAAUACAGAAACUCAUCGAAGAAUAAGCAGCUUAUAUUAUCUAAGAAACUUUUAAAAUUGGGUUAAAGCUGUUUUAAUAAAUGAAUAUAGUUCAGCACUUAAGCAAAACUUUGCUGAUAAAGGAAAUGUAAUCUAAAUAAACAUAAUAAAAUUUAUUAAAUGUUUUCGAAAUGGGUUGCGGUAAGGGUGGUGA